CUGUAACUGUAUUACCAGCAACCGUCAAUCGAAUGUCAUCAUAAAAUAUCACGCCUGUGUAUUUCCAUAUCGAAACUAAAAUAACGCUGUGCUAUAGCUGCAGUGAAGGACACGCCAUCUAACAGGCUGCUGCAGCCUAUCAUCAUGUUGCUUCGCAUCUUCAUCCUCUUGUCUUGUCACUUCACCGAUGCUUAUAACGUUUUCGUAAGAGUUGGCAAAGAGCUCAGUGAAGAUAUCGUCAUUCCUUCUUCAACCGUGAUCUACGCUCUGAGCCCGUCUAAUGACUUCCUGUGCACUAUAACCAACAGCGGGAAGAAUACCAAUGAUAACAGGCACGGGUUCAGCUGCAGAAACUCCAGUAUGGAGGGUCGAGUGCAUUUUUUCUAUUAGAAGUGUGAAACAGGAAGAUGCAGGGACCUACCGAUGGACAAAAGCCUCAGCAAAUAAGCCCUUGGCUCCAAUCUUUACAUUGUUUGUGACAGAUGCCCCAACAACUCCUAGAGUGGUAGCUGGGGGCAUUGCUGUUCUCAACAAGCCUCUAACCCUGACGUGUUUGUCGAAUUCGUCGACUGUGCCUGACAAUCACAAUCUCACAAUGAACUUCUUCUGGAAGCGGAAUGGUAUUACCCAAAACAGCAGCAGCACCUCAACAUUCAACAUUCAGAGUUUUGAGUGGGUGAAAGAACAGAAGUUCAGUUGCAGCUCAAUAGAACAUGGAGCCGAGUCGGAUGAGAGUGACAUAUUAUCAAUCACAGCUGAACGGGGGCCAAAUGAAAUCAGGUUGAUCCCAGAUGAGACACGCUUCGUGAAAGUCACAGGAGAGUCUGUCAAUAUAACGUGCAAGAGCAGGAUCAGCUGCUAUCCUCGCUGUAAAACAACCUGGAGGAAUAAGGGAGCUGUUUUUCCCUCAAGAAGGCUGACAAUUUUAAAUCUUACAAGCAGUGAUCAAGGAAACUAUACGUGUCAUAUGGAGAACAAACACGGAUACGCGGACAGCCAUGUACACAUUGCUGUGGAAUACGGACCGAAAGCUGCAGAUAUUCAACAUGAGGAGAACACGCCAGAAACUAGUCUUGGCUCACCAGUCACCCUAGACUGCAAGGCUGACUGUAGGCCUCCCUGCCAGUUUGCCUGGUCAGUGAAAGCUACCCACAAAGCCUCACGGAAUAUCUUGCACAUACCUAACGUUCAGCGGAACGAGACUGGCAACUACACCUGCAGGGCCUGGAACAAACGUGGAGAAGCAAGGGCAACAUUCCAGCUGAUCGUCAUAUAUCCGGCUGAAAUAUCAGUGACUGCAUCCAAUACGAAACCUCUAGCGGGUUCGAACAUCAGUCUGACGUGCAAUGUUGACAGCUUACCGCCGCCCCAAAUCACUUGGUUAAGAGGCAAUACAACCCUGACUAACCGGGGACCAUCUGUCAGUGAGGCCGAGUUUCAAGUCGACGCUUCAUCCAACACGCAGAUGCAUAACUACAGUUUCCGCUAUAACAUUGGAAAUGCCAAAUGUCUUGGAAAAGUCACCUAUACCUGUGAGGUCUCCAAUGGAGUUGGUACCAACAGGUCGAAAAAUAUUGACAUUGACUUUAGAUGUGCUCCAUUUGUCGACGAAACUGAAGGAGUCGAGGCGAUUUUUUACAGACCCGCCGGUAGAUCUGAUCAAAUACUUUUCAACAUAACUGCCAAUCCAAAGCCAUUGUUCAGAUGGUCCCGAGUCCUCCUGAAUGGAAGCCUGGAACCCUUGCCCUCAAGAAGUAUAAAGGAUCUGUCAUUUAUAUCCGGGUCAUCUUACCACCUGAAGCUGGUUCACCUGGACGUUCACAAGAAGGACGAGGGAAACUAUACCGUGAUGAUCAAUAACUCCCUCGGCAAACACGACAUAAACUACAGACUGAUCGUUCAAGCUGGACCAGGUCAUAAUUUAAGAACAGUUUUCACAGUAGUCCUCAUAGGAAUUGGAAUGGUGGUUGUGGCGUUUAUUCUGAUUGGGCUGACGUACUUGUUUACAUGUGGACCAUGUAGAAAGAAGCGACCUGUGAGGGCAACAAAAGCAACGUUUAAUGUGACGAAGAACGAUACGAAUGAUACGGAAGAAGAGCAAGCAGAUCUUUGGGCAGCUGUAGCUACGGAACAGAACAUGCUGGUCAGCAUUCAAGACGCUGAGAAACGUCCACAAGAUCCCAGAUCUUCCAAUAUGUUCGUUGAAACGCUCACCUACACUCGGCUAUCUGAAUCUGAAGCUCAGAGGGAGAGCCUGUCCUGCACCACGUUCACUGACGAAGGACAACGAAGGAGCUUCAUGUGCACCGCCUUUAACGACGUCAACCCACGUGGAAGCUUGAUUCUGACCGCUUACAACAGCAGACAUGGUUAUUCUAGAUUUCCUGUUACAGACCAACAGACCACCUUCCCCUACCCUCCUCUGACGAACGAGGACAUCCAGGAUGACUGUUUCCCGUAUCCCCCUGUGGAAUAUGAAGGGGCGGAGAACCCUCCCUUUGGUUAACGAGGAGGUGGAGUAUGAGGGCUUUGCGUACCCACCCCUGACGUAUGGGGGUGAAGACAAUGGGGAGCAGACCCCGUACGUCAGUGACGCUACCCUACCCGGAAGAUGCCACAAUGUCCCUGCCCUAGUGGAAUGUGGAAACUAUGACUCUUUCUCUUCGGAAGAACAUGGAAGCAACGUUUACAUGAACAUGUGAUCUCGGCGCUCAUUCGUAACUACUCGCCUCUUUCCGUGACUUACAAGAAGAACUCGUACCCCUAUCGUACACCAUUAUUGCCAAGAAUCGUGGCAAACCAAUCAAAUCGCGCGUA